UGUCAAUGUUUCCAGCGCUCGCGCUACAUUUCCCUCACUUUUGCGCGCGAGUCAGCGUUUGACUCGGACGUGUAUGUGUGUGUGUGUUGUGAAUGGGGAAAGUGCAGCCGUGGAGUUGAAUCAGCUGUCCUCGGGAUUUCCUAAGGCAAGCCGCUCACAUACUUGAUCAUAUUUCAGGAAGUGGUUUUAUUUUUGGGGGGUUGCUCGCGCGCAUCAGCUGUUGUUGGAUUGUAUGAUGCUGCAGUGAGACAGUUGGACAGUCCCGUCCACGCUUCAGCCGGGCAUCAUGAACCUCGGGAACCUGAAGUUUGUGAUUUUGACAGCACUUCAGGCUUUAUGUGUCUCGGUGUGUGACGGUGUGCUCCCCAGAUCUGCAGAAGGGAAUCUUUUGAGCACGACUGUUCAACACAGACCGACAGCGAAGCAAAAACACUAUGGGACGACAGUACCUCUUCAGCUUGUUGGACAAGACUGGAAACCAAUCAGCCAACUCAAAUAUCAGAGUCACCCUGCAUCACUGAAGCUCCUGAUUGAAGCGGAAGGUGAGCAGCUGCUCUUGGCUCUGGAGAAAAACGAGGGGCUGUUUGCAAGUAACUAUACAGAAACCCAUUACCUGGAAGAUGGCAUUGCAGUCACAGGCCCUCACAACUUCACGGCAAACUGCUACUAUCACGGUGAGGUGGAGGGUCAUGUCAACUCAGACGUCAGCCUCAGUACCUGUGCUGGUAUUAAGGGCUUCAUAACUCUUGAAGGCAAAUCCUACAUACUGGAACCAUCUGCUGAUCACACCGAUGGGACUCACUGGAUCUACACAGCCGAACACCUCAGUUUUGCUCCUGGCACCUGUGGCCAUGAUUUCAACAUAUCCUAUUCCACUGAUCAUGCAGACAGCAGUCCGUUCAGGGCUUUCAGCACAAGGCAUAAACGCCACGUCCAGUCUACGACCAAAUAUGUGGAGCUGAUCAUUGUGGCUGACAACAGAGAGUUUCAGAAGCAAGGCAAGGACAUGGAGAAGGUCAAGCAGCGGCUGGCUGAGAUCGCCAAUUACGUGGACAAGUUCUACAGGGCUCUGAAUAUCCGUGUGGCCCUGGUGGGCCUGGAGGUGUGGAGCGAUGUGGACAAGUGUCCCAUCACCCAGGAUCCCUUCACCACUUUGCAUGAGUUCCUAGACUGGAGGAAAGUCAAGCUGCUUCCUCAGAAGCCUCAUGAUAAUGCACAGCUUAUCAGUGGGGUUUAUUUCCAGGGCACCACCAUUGGCAUGGCACCCAUCAUGAGUAUGUGCACAGCAGAGCAGUCUGGAGGAAUCGUCAUGGACCAUUCGGACAACCCCCUGGGAGCUGCAGUCACUCUGGCCCACGAGCUCGGACACAACUUUGGAAUGAACCAUGACACCCCAGAGAGGGGGUGCGGCUGCAGGGUGACCGUGGAUCGUGGAGGCUGCAUCAUGACUCCCUCCACAGGGUAUCCGUUCCCCACAGUGUUCAGCAGCUGCAGCAAGAAGGACCUGACGGCAAGUUUCGAGAAGGGCGUCGGGAUGUGUUUGUUCAACAUGCCUGAGGUCAAGGUGCUCUACGGUGGGCAGAAAUGUGGCAACGGCUACGUGGAGGAAGGAGAGGAAUGUGACUGUGGAGAACUUGAGGAAUGUGUGAAUCCCUGCUGCAAUGCUACCACCUGCACUCUGAAGGGGGAUGCUGUUUGUGCACACGGACAGUGCUGCCAGGACUGUCAGCUGAAGCCAGCAGGAACCCCAUGUCGUGAAUCCAGUAACUCCUGCGAUCUGCCUGAGUUCUGCACCGGCACCAGCCCUCACUGCCCCUCCAACGUCUACCUGCAUGACGGCCACGCCUGCCACAACGUGGACGGCUACUGUUACAACGGCAUCUGCCAGACUCACGAGCAGCAGUGCAUCACACUGUGGGGCCAAGGGGCAAAGCCAGCUCCGGGCAUCUGUUUCCAAAGGGUCAACUCAGCAGGAGAUCCUUAUGGCAACUGUGGCAAGGACUCUAAAGGGUCUUUUGCUAAAUGUGAAGCACGAGAUGCUAAAUGUGGCAAAAUCCAGUGUCAAGGAGGAGCUAACCGCCCAGUAAUUGGCACCAACGCUGUUUCCAUAGAAACAAACAUCCCCAUGCAGGAUGGAGGGAGGAUACUGUGCAGAGGCACGCAUGUCUACUUGGGUGACGACAUGCCCGACCCUGGCCUGGUCCUGACUGGGACCAAGUGUGGAGAUGGACUGAUGUGUCUGAAUCGUCAGUGCCAGAACGUCAGUGUCUUUGGUGUGCAUGAGUGCUCAGCCAAGUGCAGCGGUCGAGGGGUGUGCAACAACAACAAGAACUGUCACUGCGAGGCUCACUGGGCGCCUCCCUUCUGUGACAAGGCAGGUUUUGGAGGCAGUGUUGACAGUGGCCCCAUCAGAUUAACAAACAGUGGGAGUCUGACGGUGGGCAUCUUGGUGGCGCUCCUCACUGUCCUGGGAGCCGGUCUGAUCAUCUGCAUCAAGAGGAAAACUCUACUGAGCCUGCUCUUCACCAGUAAAAAGAACCCGGUCGAGAAGCUCAGAUCAGUAAGCGCUGCAAUCAGCGGGCCCUCCACCGCGAGCCAGCCUCCCUCUCUGAGCGCGACAUCUCCGUCACGACCCGCCCCGCCUCUGCCUCAAAGUACCGCCAUCUUCAAGCCUCCUCAUCGAGGGCCAGAGGCGGUGCUCCCACCGGCCCCCUACCCCUCCCACAGCCUGCGCAGACUGCCCCAGUGCCCUCCGGUUCACCUCAGCCACCCUGUCCCUCUGUCUCUCACCCUGUCCCUCUCCCCCGGCCCCGGGCUGCCGAGACCCCCGUUGCCUCCACCUCACAUCCACGUCGCACCAAGGGGGGCGUCAUUUCGCACCACGUCACGCCAUAACUCCUGCAGGAUGGUCAUGGAGUUGGAGAAGCCCAGUCCUCCUCAGAAACCCCUUCCUGCCGAUCCAAGGAGCUCCCGUCUGGUUCGAACUCCCUCUGUAGUCCAAGGGCCAUCUGUCGCACCUGGUUUACCCAGACCUGUUCGCCCUGUCCCACGCCCCAACAGACCCAGUCCCAAGCACCCUCCAACACUACCAAAGCCUUGCAUAAUCGCCAACGUCAAAUACAGCAGCUGAGACUUUGGCCGGAAGGGACAAUGUUGUGUUAAGACACUAAAGAAUUUUGCACUAUGAAAACUCUGAAAACCUUAAACAUGAAGGUGGCGGCCUCUCUGAGUUUUGAAUCAGGAGACGCGCCGUGUCCCUUUGGUGCUCUGUCCCUGAAUGGUGCUACGAGUCUGAGCUCAGGUACAUGUAAAGUAUUUAUAUUCUGUAUUUAUUGCCACGCAGUGCACUGUGCCAGACACUUUUACUACACGGUAGCAAUUUUUUGGAUUUGUCGUUGGAAUCAGUUUCACCAUUUUAUUUCUUAUCGACUGAUUCUUUAUCAAGGAAGAGUGACGGGAGAUUUAGAAAAAAAAAAAAGCAAUCUGUGAAAUUCUGAUUGUGGAAAUGUUUUUGUGAAAUGUGUUUUAAUGAAGGGAACCCUUUAUAUUACAGGUUUGUUCUGUAUGCCAAAGGAAGAGUUGAAAAAGAGUUUUGUGCAAUGACAGAUGACUUCAGACAAUACUUGGGCCCAAUCCCAAUAUUUCCCUUGCGUGAACCACUUACCCUCGAAGGUGGAGCCAGGAAAUGAGUUCAAAUGAGACGUGUAAACUAAACUAAGUGCUUGUUUUAAGUGUCACAGUGGUCAAAUUAUCGUACGUUAUGGCAAAUUUGGAAUUAUUGCUCGUACAGAGGGCAAAAUUAUUUAACAAAUAUGAUAAUUAUCAUACAUCUGGCAACACUGACGACUACCAAUGUUGUAUCAGAGUCUUCAACAGCUAUUUUUAUUGGGGAAAAUUUCAAAGACUACUCUUUGUAACUCUGUCCAGAGGUGCAAAGUGACACUCAAAAACAAGGGGUAAAACUAAGAGAGGGGAUUGGGCCCUGUCAUUAAUUUUGAACCCAGUGGGGGGUUUCUUGCGGGGUAACGCUCUCCGUAGCCGCUUUGAGCCAAUCUGAUGAGGCUUGAAACAACUGCAGAAAAAGAAAAAGUGGUGUUACUGCAAGAGUUCUGCAAUUGGGGAAGUUUUUUUUUUUUGUUUCACAGACAGCUGAAAUUCAGGUCUGUUUCCUCUGCAUUUAUAUUUCGGAAAGGUACCAAGUCGAUUUGUGAAAUGUCACUGAUUUGCCAUUUCUUUUUCAUUAACAAGACCCAAGAGGCUCACUUGAGGGAUCUGGGUACUGAGGUAUGAACUGAACACGGAUCUAAAAUGAGCCGAGAUCAAGGAAGCGUCCAAUCCUCGGAGAGAGUAAACGUCUCUGAAAUAUUGCUCUGCUAAAGGUCGUGUGUGUUUUUCAGUAUUUCCCCAUGUGCCUGCCUACACUGAGGACUCUGUGUGAUCUCUGUGAUUAAAUCACAAAAUCACUGAGGACUUUCUUUAAGCUGCAGCCACG